AUGGCAGACGCAGACGUCGCCAAAAUAUCCAUCCUUGGCACUCAGUCCAUCCACUGCGGCUUUCACCUCAUCCCCUACAUCGUCCGCACCGUCCUCGACACUCUCCCCGCCUCCGCCUACGCCCUCAUCACAGACACUAACAUCGCAGGUCUUCACCUCAAUGCUUUCGAAACCGAAUUUCAAGACGCGUUUGCGCGCGCAGGCAAGAGCUCUCGAUUCCUGACCUACAUCGUCCCGCCCGGCGAGACCUCGAAGAGCCGCGAGGGCAAGGCAAAAGUCGAGGACUUUCUCCUCCUGAACAAAUGCACCAGGGACACCGUCGUCCUUGCCCUCGGCGGCGGCGUCGUCGGUGAUCUCGUGGGUUUCGUCGCAGCUACUUUUAUGCGCGGCGUCUCUUUCGUGCAAAUCCCUACCACCUUAUUGGCCAUGGUUGAUUCCAGCGUCGGCGGAAAGACCGCGAUCGACACCCCACAUGGGAAGAACCUCAUCGGCGCGUUCUGGCAGCCCAAGUAUAUUUUCAUUGACGCGGCUUUCCUCGAAACCCUCCCUGCGCGUGAGUUUUCGAAUGGCAUGGCCGAGGUCGUCAAGACUGCAGCCAUUUGGAACGAGUCCGAUUUUGCCGCCCUCGAGUCCCGCUCCGCCGAGAUCUUCGCUGCUAUCCAAACCCAAUCCAAAGACUUCUCCGGGCGGACCAAGAUCACGCGCUCCCCUGCGCAGGAGCUCCUCCUCUCCGUCAUCGUCGGCUCCAUCUCCGUCAAGGCCCACAUCGUGACCCAUGACGAGCGCGAGACCACCGGACUCCGUAACCUCGUCAACUUCGGACACACCAUUGGCCACGCUAUCGAAGCCAUCCUAACCCCCAACAUGCUCCACGGCGAGUGCGUCAGCAUCGGCAUGGUCCUCGAGGCGGAGGUUGCGCGCCAGCUCGGCAAACUCGGCCAGGUCGGGGUCGGCCGCCUCACGCGCGCCCUCAAGGCGUACAACCUCCCCAUCUCGCUCGCAGACCCACACGUCGCUGCGCUCCCCGGCGCGAAGCUCCUCACUGUCAACCGCCUGCUCGACAUCAUGCGCAUCGACAAGAAGAACAGCGGCCCUGAGAAGAAGAUCGUCAUCCUCUCCGCAAUCGGGAAGACGGCGGAGCAGAAAGCGAGCGUCGUUCCCGACGCGGUCAUUUCCAAGACGCUGUCGGAGGCCGUCAAGGUUGUACCCGGCAUGCCGGCACACCACCCCGUCCGGAUGGCGACGCCUGGCUCGAAGAGUAUAUCCAACCGCGCGCUCGUGCUCGCUGCCCUCGGGAAGGGCACUUGCAAGCUUAAGAACCUUCUGCACUCGGACGACACCCAGGUUAUGAUGGCUGCGCUGCAGGAGCUCAAGGGCGCCAGCUUUGACUGGGAAGAUGGCGGUGAGACGCUUGUGGUCCACGGCGGUGAGGGCGCCCUCUCCGUCCCGCCCAAGGGUAAAGAGAUAUACCUCGGCAAUGCCGGCACCGCCGCGCGCUUCCUCACCACCGUCUGCGCGCUCGUGCAGCCGUCGGAAGCCGCACCUACCACAAUCAUCACCGGCAACGCGCGCAUGAAGCAGCGCCCGAUCGGACCCCUCGUCGACGCAUUGCGCGCCAACGGCACCGAUGUUGCCUACCUUGAGUCUCAGGGCUGCCUCCCGCUCUCCAUCACCCCCGCGGGGCUCAAGGGCGGGCAUAUCAAACUGGCAGCGAGCGUGUCGAGCCAAUAUGUGUCUUCGAUCCUGCUGUGCGCACCGUACGCGCGCGAGCCCGUCACGCUCGAGCUCACCGGCGGGCAAGUCAUCUCGCAGCCGUAUAUCGACAUGACGAUCGCGAUGAUGCGCACGUUCGGCAUCGCCGUCACGCGCGCGGUUGACCCCGCGACGGGCGCGCCGCGCGACGUGUAUACGAUCCCCCGCGCGGCGUACACGAACCCGGCGGAGUACAGCAUAGAGAGCGACGCGAGCAGCGCGACGUACCCGCUCGCGAUCGCGGCGCUGACGGGCUCGGCGUGCACGAUCGCGAACAUCGGGUCGGCGAGCCUGCAGGGGGACGCGCGCUUCGCGCGGGAGGUGCUCGAGCCGAUGGGGUGCACGGUCGUGCAGACGGAGACGGAGACGAUGGUGCAGGGCCCGCCGGUGGGCACUCUGCGCGCGCUCGGGCGCGUCGACAUGGAGCCGAUGACGGACGCGUUUUUGACGGCGUCGGUGUUGGCGGCGGUCGCGGUGGGCGCGCCGCUCGAGGGGCGGGAGCUGGGAGACGGGAGCGCGCCGAGGACGACGAGGAUCGUGGGGAUUGCGAAUCAGAGGGUGAAGGAGUGUAAUCGGAUCCGGGCGAUGAUCGACCAGUUGGCUAAGUUCGGCAUCGAGACGAAGGAGCUGGACGACGGACUCGAAAUUUACGGAAAGCCGAUUUCAGAGCUGAAGGAGGGCGUCAGCGUGCACUGCUAUGACGAUCAUCGGGUAGCGAUGGCCUUCAGCGUACUCGGUACUGCCGUAAAGGACACCGUCAUCGAGGAGAAACGCUGCGUAGAGAAGACUUGGCCCAACUGGUGGGAUGAUCUGGAAAACAAGAUCGGAUUGAAGGUAGAGGGCAUCGAGCUUGCCAGCUCCACCGCACACGCGUCUGCCAGCAGGCCGGCGGACGGCAACUCUGCCGCGUCCGUGGUUAUCAUCGGCAUGCGCGGCACAGGCAAGACCUUCAUCGGCGAGCUCGCGUCCACGACGCUAGACUGGCCGUUCAUCGACGCGGACGCCUACUUUGAACAAAAGCUCGCCGUCGGCGUGCGCGAGUUUGUCCGGCAGCACGGCUGGCCCGCAUUCCGCGUCGCGGAGACCGAGCUCCUACACGAACUGCUGAGCGAAUACCCGACCAAGACGAUCAUCAGUCUUGGGGGUGGCAUCGUCGAGACGCCCGCCGCGCGCGAGGCGCUCAAGGCGUACGCGAAGAAGGGUCCUGUCGUGAACAUCGUGCGCCCGAUCAACGACGUGGUGUCGUACCUCGGUGAGGAGACCGCCCGCCCGCAGUACGGGGAACCGAUCAUGGACGUAUUCAAGCGGCGCGAGCCGUGGUUCGCCGAGUGCUGCAGCUACGAGUUCGUCAACUACAUCGUCGCAGACGUUCCCGCGUCGUUGUCGCCGGAUUUGCUUCCGCCGCGCGGCAUCCGCGAAGAAGUGGCACGGUUCUUCGGCCACAUCACUGGGCGCAGCCCGAACUUGGCACCCAACCUUGCGCGGGGCAUGCGCUCGUACUUCCUAUCGCUAACGUUCCCCGACGUCACGCCCGCACUUGCGAAGCUGGAGGAGAUCACUGCUGGCGUCGAUGCGAUCGAGCUGCGGGCCGACUUGCUGCGGUCGCCGGAGCAAAUCGAUGCCGUCGGACCCGUCAUACCGCCUUUGCCGUACGUUGCGGACCAGAUCGCGGCCAUUCGGCAGAAGUCGACGCUUCCGAUCGUGUUCACGGUGAGGACGGUCUCCCAAGGCGGCUCGUUCCCGGACACGGCCGUCCAAGAGGCGUUCGAUCUCUUCAACCUCGCGUUGCGCGUGGGCAUCGAGUACAUCGACGUCGAGAUCAGUUGGCCGGAUAAGCACAUCAAGGACGUCGUCGCGCGCAAGGGGUAUUCGCAGGUCAUCGCGUCGUGGCACGACUGGAGCGGAAACAUGAAGUGGGAUACGGCCGUCGUGAAGGAGAAGUACGACAUCGCGAACACGUUUGGGGACAUCGUCAAGAUCGUGGGCAAGGCUAACGUGCUGGAGGACAACUUCGCCCUGCACAACUUCGUUGCGCAGGUCACCGCCGACCUCAACGCCAAGCCAAUCCUCGCGAUCAACAUGGGCGUCGAGGGCCAGCUGUCCCGCGUCUUAAACUCGACGUUCAGCCCAGUGACACACCCUCUGCUGCCUGUCAAGGCCGCACCAGGCCAGCUCUCAUUCACCGAGAUUCAGAGGACGCUGAAUUUGAUUGGCCAACUCCCGCCAAAGAAGUUCUACCUGUUCGGAAAUCCCAUCCAACGCUCGAUGUCGCCGACCCUUCACAACACUGCCUUUGGGGUGCUCGGGCUCCCGCACACGUACGAGCUCCUCGAGACCGACGCCGUCGACGAGCAGGUGCGCUUCGCGCUCGCGUCGCCCGACUUUGGCGGUGCCUCUGUGACGAUCCCGUUCAAGCGUGAUGUCAUGGCGCACCUUGACGGACUGUCGCCAGAGGCAGAGGCCAUCGGGGCGGUCAACACAAUCAUCCCGCGAGUCAAGGCGGACGGCUCGACGACGUUGUACGGCGACAACACCGACUGGCUCGGAAUGUACUCAUCCGUCCGCGCGCGCCUACCCGCAGCGGCGCACAUCGUUGAGGCAGGGCUCGUCAUUGGCGCAGGCGGGACCGCGCGCGCGGCGAUCUACGCGCUGCACGCGCUCGGCGCGAAGCGCAUAUACCUAUACAACCGCACGCGCGCGAGCGCGGAGGCCCUCAUGCACGCCAUCCCCGGUACGACUGUCGAGCUCGUCAGCGCGCUCGGCGCGUGGCCCGCGGAGGGGCCCGCGCCCAGCGUGAUCAUCUCGUCCGUGCCUGCGGCGGCAACGACAACAGAUGCGGGCGCCGGGUCGAGCGCGCUCUUGCUCUCUGUAGACCUUUUGCGCCCGGAGGGCGGUGUUGCAGUCGAUAUGGCAUACAUGCCUGCAGAGACGCCGCUGUUGUCGCUCGUGAAGGCGGCGGGAGGGAAGUGGCAGGGGGUGAAGGGUGUGGAGGUACUUCUCGAACAGGGGUACAAGCAGUUCGAGCUGUGGACUGGGAGGAGGUGCCCGCGAGGCGUGGUUGCGAGGCGGGUUUGGGAGAAGUACAACGCGCAGUGA